ACGUGUGAAGCGGCCUAUUCCGCUGGAGCAAAGCCCUGGCGGGUCGCUAGAGGGAGACCGGCGCCACCGAAAGCGUCGCCGAGGCAGAGGCGGGCACUUUGGAAGGCGAAGCUGCACUUAGCUUACCCUGCGUGGCGGCGGCGGCGGCUUUUUCCGCUUGGCUCCGAUGACCUGCGGGAAGCGAAGGGCUCCGCCGAGGCUCACCAGCCGCAGUUCCCGGGCCAGAAGCGGACGGGUUUGGUAGCCUUCCUCCGGUUUGGAAGCCUACCCCCCCCACCCCCUACUUGCGCGGGGAAAAGAAAAAAAAGCCUUGUGGAUGAGCAGAAGCGGAACGGGGGACCCGAGAAAGAGGAAGUGGUGAUCAGAAUGAAUGGGCAUAUUUCAAACACCCAUCCCAAUGUAUAUGGAAAUUAUCCUUCUCAAAUAAAUGGAUAUGGAUCACCAACAUUUUCUUCAAGGGACAAGGAUCAGAGUUCAAAGACAAGCGCAAAAGCUUUGUACGAUGGGUUUUAUUUCUUCAGAUCGUCAUCCAAGCAAAAAACCAAGAAAGAGCAAAGGAAGAAUUAUGCACGAGACAGCAUCAGCAGCAUUUCAGAGAUAACACAAUACCAUGUGGAGCACCUGACCACUUUUGUUCUGGAUCGGAAGGAAGCCAUGAUCACAGUUGAUGAUGGAAUAAGGAAGCUGAAACUCCUGGAUGCGAAAGGCAAGGUCUGGACACAAGACAUGGUACUUCAAGUGGACGACAAAGCUGUCAGUCUAGUGGACUUAGAAUCCAAGAAUGAACUUGAGAACUUCCCCUUGAACACAAUACAGCAUUGCCAGGCUGUGAUGAAUUCAUGCAACUAUGACUCCAUCCUUGCUCUGGUGUGCAAAGAGCCAUCGCAAAGCAAAGCAGACCUCCAUCUUUUCCAGUGUGAUGAAGUCAAGGCCAACUUCAUCCACGAAGAUAUUGAAAGCGCAAUCAGCGAUAGCAAAGGUGGGAAACCAAAGCAGCGACUUGAAACACUCAGGAUGAUUUCCAGAUCAGAGAGUGCCAUUCCUCCACCUCCCAGAGCCCCAGCUCCUGUCCCUCCAGGGACUGUUACACAGGUGGAUGUCCGGAGCCGGGUGGCAGCUUGGUCUGCAUGGGCAGCUGAACAGGGAGAUUGUGAGAAACCAAAGCAAUACCACGAGCAUGAAGAAACGGCUGAAAUGAUGGCAGCCAAGAUUGACCGAGAUGUUCAAAUCCUGAAUCAUAUUCUGGAUGACAUUGAAUAUUUUGUCACCAAGCUUCAGAAAGCAGCAGAAGCUUUUACAGAACUUUCAAAGCGGAAGAAAAGCAAGAAAAAUAAGAAGAAAGGACCAGGUGAGGGGGUCUUAACUCUCCGUGCAAAGCCUCCAACUGCAGAUGAAUUUGUGGACUGUUUGCAAAAAUUUAAGCAUGGUUUCAACCUUUUGGCUAAAUUAAAAUCACACAUCCAGAAUCCCAGUGCAACUGAACUGAUUCACUUUCUGUUUACUCCUCUAAAUAUGGUGGUGCAAUCAACAGGAGGGCCUGAGCUCGCUAGCACAGUGCUCAGCCCUCUUUUGACAAAAGACACCAUCGAGUUUUUACGCUGCAUUGUCACGAGUGAAGAAGGACAACUCUGGAUAUCUCUAGGAAAUGCAUGGACCAAAGCCAGAGCUGAGUGGCCCAAAGAGCACUUCAUCCCACCCUACGUGCCACGAUUCAGGAACGGCUGGGAGCCUCCUUUGCUGAGCUUCAUGGGGGCCCCAAAUGAGCAAGAACUCAACCAGUUGGCUGAGUCUGUGGCCAACGUGGCGGAACAGCAGAGGAAGCAAGAGAUGAAAAGAUUGUCAAGCGAGCAUCCCAGCAUCUCAGAUUAUCCUCCAUCUGAAGGGUAUGCAUUCAGUAACACAGCUUACAAAAGAGGGCCUCUGCCGGACCAGGGGGCAGCUGUGGCUGCUUUUAAGCAAAGUGUUAGCCGACAUGUAGAUAGAAAUUAUGAAGCGCAUAAAACCCCAACCAAGAAAUACGCCAAAACCAAGUAUGACUUUGUGGGAAGAAACCAGAGCGAGCUUUCUGUUCUGAAGGAUGACAUUUUAGAGAUUCUUGAUGACAGAAAGCAAUGGUGGAAAGUCCAGAAUGCAAAUGGAUUGACUGGAUUUGUGCCAAAUAACAUCUUGGAACCUCUCAGAUCUCCGGAAAGUGUCUGUACAGAGCCAGCAUAUGCGCACACCAUACAGAAACAAAGGACGGAUUUUGCUCCAAAGCAACCAGAUCCCAUGCCUGCUGCUCCUUCACCACCACAGAUGCCGCUUCCGGUCCCACUCCCACCCUGUGUCCCUGCUCCUGUCCCCGUUCCGGUGCCAAAGGUCCCCGGGGCCAUCAGCCGCCAGAGCAGCACAUCAAGCGACGGUGGCCGGGAUGGCCAGAGGCAAAAACUGCCACCUGUUGAUCGAAGGAAAUCUCAGAUGGAGGAAGUUCAAGAUGAACUCAUUCACCGUCUCACUAUUGGUCGGAAUACUGCCCAAAAGAAGUUCCAAGUGCCACGCUCCAGUGCCCCCGUAGUCAAUAUCAACUACGAAUCCUCUCCGGAAGACAUUAAAGUUUGGCUACAAGCCAAAGGAUUCAACUCAGUGACCGUGAACAGCCUUGGAGUUUUGACUGGUGCACAACUGUUUUCCCUCAACAAAGAUGAACUUAAAUCUGUGUGCCCAGAAGGCGCUCGAGUCUACAGCCAAAUUACUGUUCAGAAGGCAGCACUAGAUAAUUCCAGUGGAAGUUCAGAACUGCAAGAGAUCAUGAAAAGGCGGAAGGAGAAACUCAACGCCGCUGCCACUGAUUCAGGGGUCGAAUCUUUUGAUGAGAGCAGUGGUCAUUAAUAGACUCAUCUACAAAUGUUUUGUGGUUUAUUGUUGAGGGGGGAAACCUGUUGUUCUUGGCAUUGUUCCAUCAUGCUUUGUUUUAGGAAGCCAUGAGGGGGAAAUGUCGGGGGAUUGUCUCUAUUUAUGUAACUAGGAUAUCAUGCCAUUAAGGGAGCAUGCAGUUGGGAGCCAAGAGGGAGGAUACAAUUGCUGUUUUGCCUCUCCCUUGACGGGAAAAAAAAAUAUAGAGAAGAAUAUUAUUCCCUGGAGGGGUUCCUUAACCAGGCCUCCUGAGAGAGAAAAUUCAUGCUUUGCUCAUCUUUUUUCCACAGCCUAGCAAAGUCACAUUGCAAUUUUUUUGAGUUGCCCUCAGACUGAGCCAUCUGACGAAAUGCGUUGAAAUCUGCAGUCAAGCAGAAAGUCCCAAAGGCGCGAUCCGGCCAGCGUUGAUUCUCUUGUCCAGAUCCCAUUGAUUUCAACCAAAAAAAAAAAAAAAAAAAAAAAAGUGAAACUGAUAUUUAAAUGUCUGCCAUUGAAAAUCAACAGGACCGCAAAGGGUUUUAUGAUGGCACAACAUUCCUUUUAUUCAUGCCAUCCACACCGUUUGCCAUAAUUAUGGACGGCGGCUUUUCUUAUCUUCCAGCACUUAAGAUUUCCACAUUUAUGUAGAAUUUCCCAGAUGUAUUUUUUAAUUAUAUGAUCAAUGACCACGCUAAUCUUACAAGCACAGAUUAAAUUCUUCUAACGGCAUCAUGUCAUGAUUUCUUAAUGGAAGUGUACAUAGCAGUGUAAUUUAUUCUGCAUUUCAAUUAUUGGUCUGUUUUUUGGGGGAGGGAUAAGUACGAAUCAAGGAAAACACUAAUACAAUAAACAAUAGCACAAAUUUUAAAAAUGUAGGGGCAUUUAGAUCUUAUUUUGAUAUCCAUGUGGUAGUUCACAGUAUUAUUUCUUACUAGUAUUGCAUUUUUUUUUAAUUUAAAAAAUAUAUAUAUUUCAUGAAAAGGAAAGGGAAAAAAGGGGGGAGGAAAGAAGGUCUUUAUAAAUGGUUUUUUUUAAAGCUACAAAAUUCCCUCUUGAUUUCCAAUUUAAAUCUUUUUUUAAAAAAAUAUACCGAAAAUAUUCCAGUAAAUACAGGAGUAUAAUUUUUUUUUUCUUCUGUGCAAAAUGUUCUUUUCUGUCACAUGGCACAUCAAGGCAAACUAGGAAAAAAAAUGUCUCCUUUGACCAACCUAGAUGAGAUGUAUUGAUUUUUAUGGUGCCUUUUUUUUUCCGUGACUCUUCAAAGUCUGCAAUAAACACUGAUGUACGUGAA